AUGAAAGUCACGUGGGACGAAACCGCACCUUCAUGGCAGCUCUGGAAAGACGACAACACGUCACUUUCCUGCCGGGAUUAUAAGACGAGGGACAAUUCCAGGUUCGCCAAAGGUCUUCCCCGGACGUACCUUGUGUCCUUCCCCGGAUCUGGCAACACCUGGAUCCGCUACCUGCUGGAGGCUGCGUCGGGCAUCUUCACGGGCUCAGUCUACACCGACACCGAGAUUAAGAACGCGGGUUACCUCGGCGAGGGAGAUCGAGCCAACAGCGGCCGGACCCUCGUUCAGAAGACCCACGGCGCGGCUCUGACCAAGGCAAGCAACGACCUCGCUUCCCGCUACAACUUCAUCAAAGCCGAUGUUCCGGUUGUGCUCAUCAUCCGAGAUCCCGCUAGGGCGCUCCUGUCCUACUGGAAGUUCCUGCACGGGCGAGGCAAGGGAAGCCACACAAACCAAGUGUCCGAGAAAACCUACAGAACGUCAGAGUUCCGGAGGCACGUGGAGCGAAUGGUGCCGCGCUGGGAGGAGCUGGUGACGGACCGCCUCCUGUGGCACAAGGCGCCCAUCUACGUCCUGUACUAUGACCUCGUCGUCAAGAACCCGGUGCAUCACGUCAGGGAGGUGCUUAAGUUCCUCAGGGUUCCGGUAGACGAGGGGCGCCUGGUGUGCCUCGCGUCCCACCUCAGCGGCACCUUCAAGCGCCCUGGGAAGAAGGAAAUCGACCCCUUCACCUACACCGAGAAGAAGAUGAUGUCGUUGGCUGUGAUGAGAAUAUCAAGGUUGCUAAGACUACGUGGAUUUCCUGUCCCUCCCCCUUACCCUUCCAUUGCCAACAUCUCAGACGACUAUCUGCGCUGA